UUUGUCGAGUUUUGAGUUCGCCGUUUCAGUUUCCGUAAUGUUCUCAACGCGUUUGGAUGUGAAUUCAAUGGUGCGCUUGAUGUUUAUGGAAAAAUUAUAAACUUGAAUGAAACGGAACAUAUGGUUUUAUGUGCGAGUGAAGAGUACAGUGAAAGCUGAAUUCCGGUGAAGCGCAGAAAAUUGUCCAGAUUUUACAUAAAAUUUGAAUAGUGAUUUGUAUGGAAUAUAUUACGAAAAUAUUAAAAAUUAUUGUGUCUCAAUAGAGAACUAAUUAGGAAAAUUGAAAUAGUAAUUGAGUUUAGAACAGAUGUCUACAGGAAAACCAGAAAUUUCGUGAUUGAAAAAAGCUGUCUGAGAUGCAUCAAACAUGAAUGAAGGUGAGUCAGCAGGAGGGGGGCAUCAACGGGCUAGCCCAGCCCCUCCUGCUGUAUCCGACCAUAGAUCAGUUUUAUCGUCAACAACUUCAACAACAUCGGUGAAUACGACCACCAGUAGCGGUGCAACCAUACCCGCAACUUUAAAAAUUACCACAUCUGAUUCAUAUCACGCCGUGGCAACAACGUUUGUGAAUACAUCCACUACACCUCGCAGCUUUCAACAAGCGUUUACUCAGCAACAUUUGCAGAAGCAACAACAAGUUUCCACAACAAAAAUAUCAGGAACUAAUAAUCAAAGUACUCAAAACAAAUCGGUACACCAAAAGAAAUUGCAACAUCUGGUGGCGCAGGCGCAUCAAUUGCCUAUGCCGCAAACUACACAAGUAGCGGAAACAAUAAGUACAGCAGCAACUGAUAUCGUUUCGGAAGCACAAAAUCAAUUUGAUAACAAAACUGGUGUGCAGAUUACACAACACGUGUUAACGACGGACACGUCCGGCAGUCUAAUUAAUAAUUUCGUAUCCUCAACGAUUACACCCGGUUCAAUUGCAGAGGCGGGACAGCAAGAUAUACACAGCGGUUCACCGCUGCCCAAGCGACCCAAACUUGGGGGGAGUGUCGGCAGUAGCUUGCCUGCUUCGUUGUUGCCAGCAAGUGGGAGUACGCAGGACAACGGCAAUACGGCAUUGUGUGCACCACAGGAUAUAAAUGCGCUCAAGAAGCGCAUUUUGGAGCAAAAGAAUCUCCGUUUGCGAAGUCUUACAGAAAGACACACAGAAAAUGUCGCCGAAUUAUUCUAUUUACAAAGCGGUGGCAACAUGAUGGACUACCCGACGUGGCGUAAGAAACCACCAACCCCGCAGUUCGUCACCUUCAGCAAUGCUUAUCGUCUAGAUCAGUUGGUUAGCGAGGACAGAGCUGCUGUAUUAGUUCAGCAAAAAACUACUGAUAACAUAGCAACAAUAAUUGGUGUUGCCAGCGGCAAUCAAGCGAAUCAGCAGCAACAACAAUCACAGCAAUCACAAAAGCAAACACAAGACUAUUUGGCUGCAAUCACAAAUAAAACGAGUACGCAAUCUCAAAUAGCAACAGAUAUAAGUAGUAGUAGUGGUAGUAACAGCAACAGCAGCUGCAGUGGAGCUUCAUCGGCAGCUACACAGAACGCUGGUAAUUCGCUUACUGCCACGGCAACAACCUCAACGCCUGGCAGUAGUGGCAGUGUUAGUGGUAAUUUAACUUCCACUGAUGCGACUAGCGACGUACUGCCACAAGGUGCUGAAAUCAAAAUUCCCGCCAUAGGUGCAACGCCUGUGGCUGUUUCCACAAAGUUACCAGCAGCUGUUGUACAACUGACCCAACAAGGUGGCACACCGCUUGUACCUGCUAUCGGUGGUGGCAGCGGUUCUCCUACGGUAUUGCGACGUAAUGGCAAUGGCGCCGCGAUUCCGUCAGCUGGCACAGCAGGUAACACUUUGCACAGUAACCCGCCUCCUCCGCUCUAUUCGCCAACUCCCAAUGCGGUGUUGGUGCCAGCCUCCGUGAAUGGUAGCAGUGCCACUGCUGCAAGCAGUAGUGGAGGCACUACGGCUUUGGCUGGCGCAUCCGGCAGUAGCUUAAGUACACCGACCAGCGCCGGCAGCAGUGGAGCUGCUACAAACAACGUGCAAGAAUUUUCAUUCAAAGCCAAACAGGAGGUUUAUGUGCUGCAGCGCAUUUCGGAAUUACAACGAGAGGGAUUAUGGACUGAAAAACGUUUGCCAAAACUACAAGAACCCAGCCGUCCGAAGGCACAUUGGGACUAUUUGCUGGAGGAAAUGGUUUGGUUGGCAGCGGAUUUUGCGCAAGAGCGCAAAUGGAAAAAGAAUGCUGCUAAGAAAUGCGCAAAAAUGGUGCAAAAGUAUUUCCAGGAUAAGGCGAAUGCAGCGCAGAAAGCAGAGAAGGCGCACGAGGCACAUUUAAAGCGGAUAGCUGCCUUUCUCUCCAAGGAGGUUAAAAUGUUUUGGUCGAAUGUGGAGAAAUUGGUUGAAUACAAGCAUCAUACCAAGCUAGAGGAGAAGCGUAAGAAGGCGCUUGAUCAGCAUUUAAGUUUUAUUGUCGAUCAGACUGAGAAAUUCUCACAGCAGCUCGCCGAGGGCAUGAAUAAGAGCGUAAUGGACACAGCUGCUGGUGCUGCUAGUGGAGCGCCUAGCAUGGAAUCAAGCAGAAUAUCAUCGCCCAAACGUGAAAUAACGGGCAACGGGUCUGAUGAUGAUUUCCGUCCAGAAUCUGGUUCAGAGGAUGAUGAGGAAACAAUUGCUAAAGCAGAAGAGGAGGCGGCAGAUGUCAAAGAAGAGGUUGCAGCAUUGGAAAAGGAAUCUCGAAUGGAUCUUGAUGAUUUUCUCAAAGACCUGCCAAAAGGUUAUUUGGAAAAUCGCGAUAAAAUUUUACUUGAAGAAGAAGAUGACUCCAAAAUGGCAACCAGUAGUCAAGAAGAUGAUGCAGACGACGCUGAAUUCGAAGCGAAUGAAGAUAGUGAUGACGAUGAGAAUACGAUUAGUAAGCAAGAGGAGGAAGAAACGGGCAUCGAUCAUCAGAAAGAAAUAGAUGACUUAGAAGCGGACAAUGACUUGACGGUCGAACAGUUGCUGGAAAAGUACAAAUCGGGUAAAAUUGAUGAACCAACAGUAACAACGGCGCGAAAAAGUGGUUUAGCGACCCCAGCAAAGAAACGCGCUAAAAUGGUUGAUUCAGACGAUGAUGAAGUGGAUGAAGACACUAGCAGCGAAGGUACGGAGGUGGAAACUGAAAGUGAGUCAGAUGAAGCCACUAUUGUCGAGGCGCCUUCAUCGGACGAGAGCGAAGAAAACGAGCAAGAAGAUGGACUGAAAAGUCUGCUUGAGGAUACUGAGGGCAACAGCAAGGAUGACAUGAUCAAAGACGCCGCUGCUCUUGCCGAAAGCAUACAGCCCAAGGGCAAUACGCUGUCCUCAACGAAUGUGGUCACGCCUGUACCAUUUCUACUUAAACAUACGUUGCGUGAGUACCAGCACAUCGGUUUGGAUUGGCUUGUCACCAUGAAUGAACGUAAAUUGAAUGGCAUACUGGCUGAUGAAAUGGGUUUGGGUAAAACCAUACAAACAAUUGCACUACUGGCGCAUUUGGCAUGCGUCAAAGGUAAUUGGGGUCCACAUCUGAUUGUUGUGCCAUCGUCGGUGAUGCUCAAUUGGGAAAUGGAAUUCAAAAAAUGGUGUCCUGCAUUCAAAAUACUCACAUACUAUGGUACGCAGAAGGAGCGUAAGCUUAAACGCGUAGGCUGGACGAAGCCGAAUGCGUUUCAUGUAUGCAUAACAUCGUACAAAUUGGUGGUACAGGAUCAACAGAGUUUUCGUAGGAAAAAAUGGAAAUAUCUGAUAUUGGAUGAGGCGCAGAAUAUCAAAAAUUUUAAGUCGCAACGCUGGCAAUUACUGCUGAACUUCUCAACUGAAAGACGUCUCCUGCUCACCGGUACACCGCUUCAAAACGAUUUGAUGGAAUUAUGGUCGUUAAUGCAUUUCCUUAUGCCGUAUGUGUUUUCAUCGCAUCGUGAAUUCAAAGAAUGGUUCUCAAAUCCCAUGACCGGUAUGAUUGAGGGCAAUAUGGAGUAUAAUGAAACGCUCAUAAGUCGACUGCACAAGGUUAUACGACCGUUCUUGCUGCGACGUCUCAAAAAAGAAGUUGAAAAACAAAUGCCGAAGAAGUACGAACAUGUUAUAAUGUGUCGUUUGUCCAAUCGUCAGCGCUAUUUGUACGAUGAUUUUAUGAGCCGCGCAAAAACCAAGGAAACGCUGCAAACGGGAAAUCUUUUGAGCGUCAUCAACGUACUCAUGCAGCUGCGUAAAGUUUGUAAUCAUCCAAAUAUGUUUGAAGUGCGUCCAACAAUAUCGCCAUUUCAAAUGGAGGGCAUAACCUACGAAGCGCCACGAAUUGUGUACGAUUUACUGGAUUACGAACCAUUAAAGCACGUCGAUUUACAUUCGCUUAAUUUAAUUCUUAUUGAUUUGGAGAUCACACUCACCGCUUAUGUAUCGUACAAGUCACGCGUGCUUGAAGCGCCACGUAAGCUCAUUGAGGAAAUCGACAGUGCACCGGCACCACCGCCACACUGCCCGCGUGGGAAAUUUAAAUUCUACAUACGCGUGCGCGACCCGCAAGUUCAGCAGAAUUUGAGUCAACACAGUACGACCUCGGUACGUGUGGGCGCUAGUCCUGCUAUGCGCACAGAAGGCAGCAAGAUGCUGCCAUUGCGCGAAACGAAUACUGCGAAUAUACGGCUGGUAAAGCGUUUGAACAAUAUAAACCCUGUUAACACGUCCAAAAUGCCCGCGUUGUCCAUGGCGCCUUCAACAUCCACAUCAGCCGCCAUAGCUCUGGCUAACAGUGGUGUUGGCAAUAUACGCACCGCCUCAGGCAUAUCAGUCACGCGUGUACAGGUCGCGCCGCAAUCGAAUACAAAUUUAACACCACCGCCAGCGAAAAUCGCCAAGCUCAUGCAACAUGGCAAUGGUAAACCGUAUUUUCUGGUUACAUCCUCCGCUGGUAGCAGUUCACUGAGUGACACCAUAUCUGGAAGUAGUACUUCGGGUAGCCGGCUGACUUUGGUGUGCAAAAGUGGCAUCAGCAACUCGAAUAUGGCUAAUGUAAGCGUUAGUGGUGGCGCAAAAAGCAGCGUUGCUGCUGUUAGCAUAAAGCCGAAACCGGAAAAUUCCAAGCUGUUGUCCACCAUUGCUCAACAGGUAAAAAGUAGCACCGACGAUGUGACAAACGCGGCGAUGGAUGUCGAUGAGUCUGAAACUGCAGCAACCGAAACAUCCGAGACCGAUCCAAUAUAUAAUAUGCAUGAAAUACUGGAGAAGCGUAAGGAGCAGCGCAUGGCGCGCUUAAAACUGGUGGCAACUGUAAAUAGACGUCGCAUCGAGGGCGUGCCAAUUUAUGGGGACGACUGUCGCGAUGCGUUGGCCAAAUGCAGCAAUCCGAGUCAGACAUUGGAAUACUCUAGUUGGCAAACGCGCAGCUAUACCAACUGCUGUACGGCCAUGAAACGUCGCGAUAGUUGGACACUCAGCAAGAUACUCAAAUCGUAUGAGAAGCGCGUUGAGGAGCUUCGCCAAACGUUCAACAAUUUUGUAAUAUACGUACCAUCGGCGUGUGCGCCGCGUAUACGCUUCUAUGUGCAACAUUUAACAUCGGGACGCUUGCAGCGCGAUCAUGCUAUUGAAAAUAUGGUUACGCAAUAUGUCUCACCAAAGCUUUCAUUGCUGCAUCCUGUCAUCUCAGCGAUGACCACACAAUUUCCGGACCCCCGUCUCAUUCAAUACGAUUGUGGCAAAUUGCAAACGCUCGAUCUGCUAUUGCGCCAACUGAAGUCCGAGCAGCAUCGUGUGCUAAUAUUUACGCAAAUGACAAAAAUGUUGGAUGUUCUAGAGGCGUUUCUUAACUAUCACGGCCACAUCUAUUUGCGGCUAGAUGGCUCGACGCGUGUCGAACAGCGACAAGUACUAAUGGAGCGCUUCAACGGUGACAAACGCAUUUUCUGCUUCAUCUUGUCUACGCGCUCCGGUGGCGUAGGUAUUAAUUUAACCGGCGCAGAUACUGUGAUAUUUUACGAUUCCGAUUGGAAUCCAACAAUGGAUGCGCAAGCGCAAGAUCGUUGCCAUCGUAUUGGGCAAACACGCGAUGUGCAUAUAUAUCGACUGGUGUCGGAUAAGACAAUCGAAGUGAACAUACUCAAGAAAGCGAAUCAGAAGCGGAUGCUCAGUGAUAUGGCGAUCGAAGGUGGCAACUUUACAACAACAUAUUUCAAGAGUUCCACCAUCAAAGAUCUCUUCAAUUUGGAACAAGCUGAGCAAGAUGACUCACCUGCAGCGAAUGGUAGUCGCGUGGAGAAACCAACGACUUCGUCAGCUGGUGCUGCAGCAAUAGUUAGUGAGUUGGGCACUGAAAUUGAAACGGAGAAACAGUCUCUGCGUGCUUUUGAGAGCGCAUUGGCCGCUGCUGAGGACGAGCAGGAUGUACAGGCAACAAAAACGGCAAAGGCAGAGGCAGCGGCCGAUUUGGCAGAAUUCGAUGAAACAAUUCCUAUUGAUGAGGCAACGACGGUAGACGGCGCAGCAGCGACGGAAAUGAGUAAAGCCGACUUAGAAAUGCAAAAUCUUGUAAAACAGCUCUCGCCAAUCGAACGUUAUGCAAUGCGCUUCGUGGAAGAAACCGGCGCGGCAUGGACUGCCGAACAGUUGCGUGCAGCCGAGGAGGAAAUCGAAGCGCAAAAACGAGAAUGGGAAGCGAAUCGUUUGGCUGCAUUACAAAAGGAGGAGGAGAUGCUGAAAAAGGAGGCUGAAGCUGAUGAAAUGCUUACCUACAAUCGCAAGGAUGCAAACAAUCAGAUUUGGAUAUCGGAUAAUACCAUGGAACAAAUGCCGAUGUGGUGUCCUCCUACUCCACCGCAAGAUGACAACGACAUUUACAUCGACUACUCGCUAACGUUCAUGUACGAGAUGAGUCCAAUACCUGAAUCAGAGUUGCCGCCAGUCUAUAUUAAGAAAGACUACAAGCGUUCGCGUGGCGAUGCCGGCUUUCCACUGGAUGGUAGUCGGCGUCCAUUGAAAAUGCGCCGCGAGGAAAACUAUGUUGCGCCCCGUUCACUCUUCGAUCGUCCAUCGGCGGCCAUAGCGCGCAUUCGUCGAGAUCUGAAGAAUCUACGUUAUCGUGGAGUUUUUAAACCGAAUGUUCAAAUACCCGGGCUGAAACCACAAACGCCACAGAAGCAGCUGGUCGAACCGGAGGGUAUGGCCGAGUGGACCAUCUUCGAGGACAUUGUAAUCUUGCACGUUUUAGUCAAUUUGCAGGGGUUGCCUUGCAAUCUGAUGGUGCUCUCACCGGGGCACACACCCAAUUGGGAUUUGGUUUCGGAGAUUGUGAAUUUCCAAUCGAAAACAUAUCGUUCGCCGAAACAGUGUCGUUGGCGUUACGAAAUGGUCAUACAGCCGCGUGAAGAGGGCAAAUUUGUGGAGAGUCCGAAGAAGCAGAAGAAAUUAAAGACGAUGCUGAAAUCGGAAUACCUCAAGGGUCCUUUACGUUAUUUACGCACCACGAAUUUGUAUGCUAACGACAAUAACACCACAUUUACGAAAUUAAUGCGUUCGCGUUUCGAUUGCAUUAAAGCGGCAUACCUUAAGAAGGCGCCACCACCAAAGCGUCACUUUAGUACACCUAAUCUGAUGAAUCCCAAGCACAUGGAAGUGUUGCAAGAGUUCGGAAUUGUGAACUACGAUCAACCGAUCUCACCGCUAAAUAUUGCCGCCAUGAAGGCAAAUAAAAUACGCGAGAAGCAGCGCAAUCAAUGCCCACCACCACCACCGCCAGCGCCGACACAAGCGGUGGCGGUGCAGCAACAACAGACUCAGCAACAGUCCACCGCCUCAGUUGCGCAAGUACAAAUACAAGAAAUGGUAGUGCAGCAGCAACAGCAAAACGCCUCUACAGGCACAACUACAGUACAACAAGCCGGCGCACUGCACACCCAACAGCUUCAAAUCCAGCACAUACCAAGCGGCAAUGUGCAAGGUGUUGCUCAGCAACCGACGGCCACCGCGAUUGUAUUGCAACAUACCGGUGCCUUGCCGGUAACGCAUCAACAGCAAUCGGCCGGCUCCACAUCAGCACAAUCUCAGCAGCAAAUAUUGCGCACGGGCAUGGGCAAUACGCAGAUUGUAAAGGCGAUAGUUGCGCCACAAUCAGGUUUGCUCACAGCUGGCCAAAUGCAGCAAUUGACGCAACAGGCGGCUGCUGCGGGCGCGCAGCACGUCCAACUGCAGCAGCAAGGAAACGUUGGUACGUCGUCGUCCGUUUCGGUGGUGCUGACCACGCCGGUGCAAACGCUGACGUCCAGCGUGCAAUCCGCGCAGCAACAUGCACAAUCAUCUACCGCGCAAAUAGUAUCGAUAUCACCACAAACUAUAGUGUCCAGUGGGUCACAGAAUAGCGGCACCAUUGUACAGACAAUUCCAUCUCAAUCACUACCACAAGUGGUUUCUGUAUCUCAACUCGCCACAGUGGGCACUGUUUUGACCACAUCGGCCAGCUUGCAGCCCAGCGCUACGGUGACAACACUGAACACUUCGGCGCUACGUGCGCAACGCAUUGUUGCAGCAACCGCGGGUACACUACAGGAUGUCGUACUUCAACAGCGCAGCGGCAAUCCCAGCCCAACGAUUGUGUCCAUGUCCAAUUUGGGACAGAGUGUAGCGGCCGCACAAUUUCAAGCAGCGCAGCUGCGUCUGGCCUCAAUGGCAGGAUCUUCUCAACAGGUCACAAAGGUGCCUGUCAACACUUUGCAACAGGGCGGCAAGAUUGCCGGCAACGUCGGAGGCAAUCAGCCCGCGCACAUACAACUCUAUCGCCAGCGUCAACAGCUAAAGGUACUGCAAGCCACACCAGCUCAAGGCGGCAGUCAAACUCUCGUGCAAACGGCCAGUGGACAAACAGCUUUGGUGAAUGCCGCUGGCACGAUCAUACAGGGCAGUCUCGUACAAACCGCCGGCGGUCAGGCUACAAUGCAGGUGCAAGGUCAAAAGGUCGCCGUAGCCACAGUAUCAUCGACCGGCAUGGCGGCGGGGUCAAGUGGCGGUAAUUCAACGUCAGUGGGCACGGUGCAAGUGGCGCACCAAGGCCGCACACAGUUCAUCAAGCAAGUCGGCGGGAAACAGACGAUAGCCCGUCAAGUGGGCGACGAUAUGGUGCUGGUUAAACGUCAGGUAAUUGGCGCACACCAAAAAGCACAAGUGUUACAACAGGGACAGAUAUUCAACACCACGGGCAGUUCUGCUCAAGCUUCAGUCCAGCUACAACAACAACAGUCACAAGCACAAGGCUCCGUCGGUAGUGGCCAGCAACAGAUACAAUCUCAGCAGCAACAAGUGCAACAGGUGACUGCGCAACAAAUAGCCACACUUGUGAAAACAUCUUCUGGAGCAGGUGUUGUACAGCAGGCAAGUAGCGGCGGUGGCGGCAGUGUUACCGUCUCAACGGGAGGCGGUCAGCAAGGCACUGUGAAUAUGGCGUUAUCGCACAUCAAACCAGGCGGCCAGAUAAAGGUGACCACCUCUAUGGCGAAUCAGGCACAAAUGCGACAACUGCAUAUGCAGCCACUGAAUAUGCCGCGCAAAAUCAAUCGCAUGACGCAGAUAGCGACGGCUGCACAGGCUGGACAGCAAGUGACCACUUCGGUGGGGCAGUCUUCAUCCGGCGCAACGGUGGUACAACAGCCCAAAGGUCCCGGCAGCGUACAGACACAAUUGGUGCAUAUACAAAAUACCAAAUCACUGCCCAGCUCGGUGACAGUACAGCAAAUACAGCAGGUAAUGCGACAACAAGGGCAGCAGGGAUCGUUAAACGCCACGGGGCUUGUGCUGAGCAAGACUAGUGUGGGCCGGGUAAUACCCGUGUCUGUGGCAUCGCAGUCGAAUCAGCGGCAAACCAUACAGGUGGUUUCGGCUGCUUCGGCUCAAGCACUCGCAGCUGGCAAUCUGCGCGCACACGUUGCCAGUGGUCAGAACAUUGCCGGUACCAUUAAGGUGGGCACCACCAGCGGCAAUCCGUCGCAGACCCAGCAGGCUAUUCAUCUCAUACAACAACAAGUAGCCGCACAACAGGGUCAACGGCAGAAUGCCAGUCCAGUGCGACUACAAACAGCUGGUGGAAAUUUGGUUGCAGUCGUGCAACAGCAAAACAUACAACAACAGCAGCAACAAAAUAUUGCCUCAUCCAGUAUUGUCAGCUCGUCGGGCGCAUCGCAGGGCGAGGUGAUGACCAUAACACAAACGGUUGCCACAUCCGGUGGCGGUGGCGGCCAGCAGCAACAGCAACAAACACAACAGGCUACAGCGCAACAGGUGCGCACAUUGGUGAAGAAGAAAAUCAUGCAAAUACGUAGUGAAAAAGAAUGAAUGCUUACCAUAGAUGGAAGAAGAGUAAUCUUUCUUUUAAGUAUUACAAAAAAGAAAGUGCUGAUUGUAAUAGCAUCUACAAUUGGCCCUAAAAAAUCUAAGAGUAUUAUAUUCUUAAUCGUUAUUAUUAGUUCUAAAUAUUAUAUUACAAUAAUAAUUAAACUACGUAAUAUAAUACGUUUGUAUGGAGUAGAAUAUAGAUGUAUGUAUGUGUAAUACAUAUACUGCUAAUCAAUAUGAUAUUAACGUAGUUUGUAUCUUGUUAAUUAUCUACUAUCAUAAAUUCCUCAUGUUUCCAUAAUUUACGAUUAAUAAUAAUAUUUACAAUUAAAAACAAAAAUCGCUCAUAAACUGUAUUUAUAAUUUUAAGCUAAUAUUUUUUAAUUGAAAAUUACAUUUUAAGCGUUUGUAAUAGCAUAAUGUGGUAAGCAGUACAUAAUUAUUCCCAAACUAAUUAAAUUAAAUAUGUAAUAAAUAG